AUAGCUUUUUGUUUACAAUAGGUUGAUGUUAUUUAUAUAUAUGUUAAAAUUUUGCAAAGAUAUUAAAAUUUAUACUCUUCCAAGAAAUUUGUACUAGAAGUUUUCCAUCUUUUAAAUGGGAGAUAGGACAGCGUGAAACACUUAAUGGAUCAGUGUAAGAAGUUUUUUAAGAGAAGGCGCACUCAACCUCCUCUUGAUGAUUUAGAGACUGAACUUGAAAGAAAAGAACGAUGGAAAAGUAUUCGCAUAAUUUAUUUUACUAUGUUUCUAAUGUCACUUGGCUUCAGUAUUAUACUUACUGGUGUUUGGCCAUAUUUAGACAAGUUGGAUCCAACGGCAGGAAAAGAAUUUAUGGGUUACGUAGUAGCGGCUAAUCCAUUAGGACAAAUGCUGUUUUCACCUCUGAUGGGUUGGUGGGGCAAUAAAAGAGGAUCAGUAAGAUUACCACUUUUAGUAACCUUAGCGCUGUUUACUAUCGCAUCAGCAGCUUACAGCAUCCUUGAAGUGAUACCUGGUGAUAAAAAAAGUUAUAUGAUUACUGCCAGAUUCUUUGUUGGAGUUAGUUCUGCUAAUAUUGCUGUAGCAAGAUCUUAUUUAUCUGCAGCCACAAAACUUUCAGAACGUACACAAGCAGUUUCUAUGGUAUCUCUUGCACAGGUGUUAGGUUUUGUGGUGGGUCCUGCAUUACAAGCUGCUGUAACACCUCUCGGAGAUCAUGGUGUAACAUUAAUGAUGCUGCCUGUAAAUAUGUACACGGCAGCUGGUUGGAUUAAUGUAAUAAUGGGAAUUUUCAAUUUUAUAUUUUUCCUUCCAUGGAGUUUCAAAGAAUAUAAAAUUGCUAUAAAAGAAGCUAUGCGUAAUGAAGGUAAAGCUACAGAAAAAGAGACUUGGAAGGCUAUAAAACCUGACUAUUUAGCAUCAUGGACUUUAAUUUGUGCAUUCUUUGUUUUGGUUUUUAAUUUUGUUCUUCUUGAGACGCUUGGUACUUCUCUCACUAUGGAUCAAUUUGCUUGGUCUAAAAAGGAAGCAUUAUAUUAUAUGGGAAUAUUGAUGAGUGUUGGUGCUAUAAUUGCUUGUGUUACAUUUGCCAUGAUUGCACCACUUUGUAAAAGAUUUGAAGAACGUAAAGUAAUGUUGUGGGGUGGAUUUUUUAUGGUGAUUGGGCGAGUAUUGUGUAUUCCUUGGGGUCCCGAUCUUCCCCAAAUUGCAGAUUUUGGACCAUACAAUAACAUCACAAAGGACAUCAAUGGUACAGAAAUCUUAGGAUGUCCAAUUACUCAAGAAUGGUGCUUAUAUACUCCACAAAUGACGAUUACUCAAUUUUUUAUCGGUUAUGGCUUUACAUCCAUCGGUUAUCCUCUGGGAGUUACUUUGAUACAAACGAUAUUUAGCAAGAUACUCGGUCCACGACCGCAAGGAGUAUGGAUGGGUUUAAUGACAGGUUCGGGUUGUGCGUCUCGUGUUUUAGGCCCGGUAUUUGUAGGCCUCAUUUAUACUCGUUUGGGCACGUAUUACACUUUCGGCAUUACUGGUAUAAUGUUGCUUAUUUCUAUGUUGUGGUUGCAAUGUGUAAGUGAACGUCUGAUUCCACCAGAGGCGAAAAAACACGUUGAUAGAGUGCCGAAUGGGCAAGGAAAAGACGUCGAAAUUCCAUUAGUUCACUUAAGAUCUGAUAAUACUCAAACAUCGCGUGAAAACAUCGCUGUAAAGUUCAACGAAACGUUAGAUUGCGAUUGCGAUAAAGUAUAAAGAUAAUAAUGAGGUUGAAGUAAAACAUCUCUGCGAAUACAAUAUAUCAACUGCCAACAUAUUGUACAUAAAGAUCAACAAAUGUUAUUCCGAUAGAGAUGCGCACAAACAAAUUGAUAUAUAUUUUUUAUGAACAUAUACAAAUUACUGUUAUACAAUCUUUGCAUAAAUAUUUUAUAUACAAUGUUACAAAUUUUGCUACAUAUAGUUAAGAAUAAAUGCCUCUAUUCUAAAUUGUUAGAGAUCAAUAAUAAUUGAUAAGAGAAAAUCUAUAAUACUCAAAAUUUUUUAAUAUUACGAUUUAUCUAUAUCUCAUCGAAUUUUUUUAUAUAAUAAAUUUUGUUUGAAUAAUGUCAUAUUUCAAUGUGAUAUUAGAUGCUACUCAAGCUUAGAUUACGAAGACAAUAGAGGCAUAGCACAAACAAUGCUAAUAAUGGCAUUUGUGAACUAUUCUUCCCUGAAUAGAGUUAUAACUUUAAAACAAUAUGAUACAUUUAUAUUAACAUUAGUUUAUAAACGUUCUAUUGAGAAAAUAGUAAUAGUAUAAUAGAGAUAAAUUCUGGCACAAAUUUUGCAAUUUUUAUAUACAAGAAUUUUAAUCCUAUUAACACACACA